AUAACGCCAUGCCGGGCAAUACGGAAGGUGUGGCCAUGCGAAGCCUUAUAGGUGUUUUUUAUGUAUUUAUUUUUUGAUUAAUACUUAGAUUGUGUUGCGGUGAAACAAAAUGAUGUAGCCAUGAUUGACUCUACACAGGAUGGCGGUGGUGACGCAAUUAACAGUCACAGUGGGGAGAACAUGAAAAUGAGUAUAAUAUAUGACCGUCAAACUCCAGUGGAAUGGCAUCAAUCCAAAUGUAACAUGUCGUGGAUGCCGACACAAGGUGUUUGCUAUUUCAUUGGAUUCGCUAUACUGCUCAUUUGCACAGCGGCUGGUUUCUCUCUCAACAUGUCCAAGUUCCAUCACCUGAGCGCCAGUGAAGAAAAUAUUCGGCUGCAUACAAGUAUGCUACUGGACAAGUUUACGAGCACCAACAUGGGAAACAUACAGCUGCAAUUUCACAGCCUACAGCUUAAACAUCAGCGGCUAGAUCUUGAGCAAAAGCAGCUAUUGCGUAACGCUAAAUGUUUUGAAGUAACCACAAUCAUAAGUAUGCAAAUUAAUCUACUGGAGCUCAAAUAUCUCGAAAUCUACGAGACUAUGAACACCCUCAUAAGUGAGCACCAGCGGUUGAUUCUGAGUCUUAACGCCUCUCUACAAAAAUUUCAGGAGGAACAGGAACAGCAGCAGGAUCUGCUCUACAAACAAGUAUGUGACACAAAGAAAGAGAAUCCCAUAAAGUGCUGCCGGCAUGGCUGGUUUAGGCACGCUUCUAAUUGCUACCUUCCAUAUCGAGAGAGAAGAAAAAACUGGAGGGAUGCACAAAAGCACUGUGAGAGCAUGAACAGUUUACUAGUUAAAAUUGAGACCGAUGACGAGCAGGCGUUCCUGACCGAUCUCGUUGAUGAUCAUGACUUACAACCCUCGGCGUGGAUUGGCUUGAAUGACAUUGAAGUAGAAGGUCAAUUCAGGUGGGUGGACGGCACCGACCUCUCCGAUCUCACAUUCUGGGAGCCCAAAGAGCCGAACAACAAUCACGAGGUCCACGGUCAAGAUUGUGUGACCAUUAAGGCCCGUAAAAAGGCCCAGAAGUCUAACAAGCGUAACAAAGAGGACAUCAAGUGGUAUCAUUCCUGGGAUGAUGUCAUAUGCAACGCAAGACGAUACUUUAUGUGUAAAGCGUGCAUUUUAUGUGAUUAUUUAGCCUGAUGUGUUUGUGGCCAGACUAAAGGGGUCCGAUCAGCAUCCUUUGAUGAGACUGACUAGCACCCAACAGCGGGUUUUCUUUUUUUGUGUGUGUGUGUGUGUGUGUGAUGGAAGGGACUGCGAGCUUGUACAACAAUUGCAGCCCACUCAAGACAAUUUCCUGUCAUAAUGGCUAUUUUAUCAGGAAAAUAUUUUCCAUUGAACUUCAUUGUUCAUUUCAAUAAGUAUGUUAUGCUGUUAGAAAUGCGUAUCGGUCAAGGUCCCACACCUUUUUUUUUUUUUUUUAAUUAGAUCAACUACAAACAAACAAUGUACAUGUAAACAGCCAAUUAUGUCAGCUUGCUGACACAGUGUACCUUUUUGGUUUUUGUUUUGCUGCUAUGCAUUCUGAGUGGAUUGCAUAGAUAGGUUUCAAUUUUUAACUACUGUGUUCUUUUAUGUAUUGUUAUGACGAAUUGUGCUCUCCGCCGCCUCGGCCAGAUUCCAUCUUGAAAAAGAGACCUCGGUCUCAAUGGGUGUUUAUAUUUUGGUUAAAUGUUUUGAUUUAUUGGCAUGGGUAUGAUUGACAUGGUGAACCUUCACUUAGCGACAAGAUUCUUAACGUUAGCAAGCUGACUGUACUGUUUAACCAAUAUAUUUUCAAUUUCUGAAAGGUUUUUUAUAUCAAUUGAUACUUCAGUAUGACAGAGUGGACCUGUUCAGGUUCCACCUUGUCUCAGGCCCCCGUUCCAGCUGAAGAAGAUUAAAACCCGAACAUUUGUGUGUUGGCGUGGUGCUCUUUUGAUGAUGAGCAUUUUUUGGGUUUGUGUCAAAACAUACCUUUUGAAGCUAUGGCCAAAAGGUUCAACCUUGGGUUCGGUGGAAGUGACAAAAUCUCCCACACACGUGUGAAAGUGUGCUACGCUCCGAUGAAACCCAAGUAUUGUUCUUAAUACUUAAUUUUUGCACCUUAUGGUACCUUAUCAACUGCUACGUACAGUGCAUUAACAUUGAUUUGCAACCCUGUUUAUAUCAUUGGAGAAAUUGUUAAAUUAAAUGAGUUUUCAAAUGUAACUUAUUGGAAAGGAUUUAUUCAUUAAUAUGUUUUACAGGUAGCUCACUAUAAUAACCCAAGUUGUGCCAAACAGCAAAGUAUGAUUGGACAGACAAAAUACUUCAUAAAUACUGUACUGUUUAUG